CUUUGGAUAUCUCACUGCUUCUAAGGUCCUCGCUUCCACGAGGUCGUCUACAACGUCGCUAUGGCCUUGCUCAGAUUGCCUGACGAGCUCCUCACGCCCAUCGUCAGCCAUGCCAUUCCAGAAGGCUUCGAGAGCCUGUGUCUAGCCUGCCGCAGGCUUCACACGUUUUGCAAACCCUUUAUUAAGCAGCAUAAUGUACUCCGCUCGGAGUUUCGCAACUUCAAUUACUACGAAAAGUUUGGAGAGCAUUCCUUUACCAUCAGGACAUCGUUUGAGCUUAUUGCCCGGAUCGCUGAAGAGCCAGUUGUUGCACGCUACAUACAGCAUGCAGAUUUCAAGCCGGAUCUUCGGCUACCUAUCGGUAAACGGCUAUGGUUGAUGGAAGACAGUGGCUAUCGUCCCGACACCGUCCGCGACUUAUUUGCCAGUUCUCGGUACUUGUUAGGUACAGAUUGGCAGGACUACUUUACUAAGUAUGAACGAGAUCUAGAGGACAAUCGCUAUUGUCAAGCUGCCAAUGCCUUUCUCCUGACACUGCUGCCUAACGUCAAGUCCGUGGUGCUUCCACAGUUGUGGAAAUCCGACAAGGACACUGAGAAGCUUCUUGAGGCCAUCGUCGACCAUGCGCGCCAACCCAACACCACUUCGAUCAAUGCCAGUCUCUCAUUGUUGACCACUCUGAAGACUUCUCGCUCGUUGGUAGAGCGGCAAGGCCUUGUCCUGAACAAGAUCACUCCGCUCCUGGGCCUUCCACGCAUCUGCUCAUUCCACGGCCCCUGCUCAGUAUCCCAUGGAGAAGAGGGCUUAUGUCAAUCACUCCCACCCCGUGUCGGCGAGACAAUGGAAAUAGCCCACUUGCUCAGCAGCAACCUCGACGGCCCUGGCAUGGAACACUUUCUGCGCUGCACACCGCGUCUGAAAACGCUCGUUUACUCCCACUCACGCAAGCAGGUCAGUGCACCCUGGGAUAUCUGCUCGCUCGUCACGGCUAUUGCUAAGGAGGCGGUUAGCCAUCUUGAAGAGCUGUCUAUUACGACGCACGACUUUACAGGCAAAAUCGCCCUUGGAACAGCGACUAUGCGUGGCUUUGUGCGUCUGCAAAAGCUAGAAAUCCCUCUUGACCUUGCAACGUGCGUAAUCCGAUCCGCCGCCCAACUUGAGACUAAAGAGAGCCUGGGAACGGACUCCGUAGCGGAUGCAAACCAGUCUCAUGUCGAUCUCCUGAUGUGUGGCCUCGUUCCUGCUUCAGUCACGAGGCUGUUCCUGAGAUCAGACGAAUGGAAAGGUCGUGAUGAUGACCACGAUUCCGUAGAUGAAAUGGGCGACGGGGUUCCCGCGUUCAAGGGGAGGCCGCAACAGCACGACCGAACGCUCGAAACCAUGUUCCAAGGCUUUGCUGAGAAAAAGGACGCUCAUUUGCCUUCUCUCAAAGAGAUUCGCGUAUCGUGCCCAUCAAUUGCCGGCGAAGCCUACAAAGCCCGAUGUAAGAGUUUGCUUCCCGAGGCUGAAAAAGUAGGCGUGACAGUGUACCUUGAUGAGAUGCGGUACCCGGACGUCUUAGAUUUUGCAGGGACGAAGCAGGCGGUUUAGGUUAAGUAUAUAGGCCAGGCUGUAAACGGGUCAGAAGAAGGUGUGCUUGCGCCACAGUAUCUUACAAUCAUGAGAUGUAGGGGAAGGCCAUACUUUCCAACAAGCGAG